ACGGAGGGGCAGGAGGUUCGAGAGAAGACACAGUGUGCCUUGGUCCCUGAGUAAUUUGAGUUCUCCUGUAGUCAUGAAGCACUAGACUUUCCAGCCAAGCCAUAUCCUUGGUGUUCAAACUGUGAGCUCCUCAGACUCUACGUUCUCAGCCUGGGCAGAGGUCCGCGCUCAGUUCUAACAAGGGAGAAACAUGACUGCAUUCGCCAAUUUGACCCAGACGCUGGAGGAUGUCUUCAAGAAGAUUUUCAUUACUUACAUGGACAACUGGAGAAGAAAUACCACGGCGGAGGAGCAGGCCCUCCAGGCCAAGGUCGACGCUGAGAACUUCUACUACGUCAUCCUGUACCUCAUGGUGAUGGUCGGCAUGUUCUCCUUCAUCGUGGUGGCCAUCCUGGUGAGCACCGUGAAGUCGAAGCGCCGGGAGCACUCUCAGGACCCGUACCAUCAGUACAUCGUGGAGGACUGGCAGGAGAAGUACAAAAGUCAGGUCUUGCAUGUGGAAGACUCUAAGGCCACCGUCCAUGAGAACGUAGGGGCAACGGGGUUCACGGUGUCUCCCUGACAGCGAGGGCCCAGCUGGGAAGGCGCUGCUGCCACCCACAGCCCCACUUGUCCUUGCUCAGAAGAAAGCGACUUCUUGUGUGGCCUGGCUGGCCAGUGGACACAGGUGACAUUUCCAUCCCUGGCUCCCAGCCUGUCGGGGAUGGCACUCUGUGUGGAAGAUCUCUUUUUCACUUGCUAUGCGAUGUAAAUGUCAUUUAAGUCUAUUUCAACCAUGGGAAUAGAAGCAAACAUGAAGCAAAGGGCCGGGGCAGGGGCGGUGGGAACAGAAGGCAGAGAUGUACAAAUCCUUCAACCUUCUCUCCCAUGAAAUGUUAGUUUGCAUGUAGCAAAUUCAAUUUACAGAAAAGUCAAAUGCGCUAUUUGGAAGCUGGGGUUUAAAUCUAUCAUGGGCUUGCUGAACUGACAGGCAAGCAUUUACUGAUUUGUCAGCACAGAGUCUAGGGUGAUGAAUGGACAGAGGUGUGGGGUUAUUUUUACAUUCAUUGCUCUCCUGGUACUUAGCUGAUUUUGGACAUCAGGACAUAAUAGAUACUGAAAGAACAGAUAAGCCACACCAGCGACAUCAAAUAUUUAAGAACUGGCUAGUGUAACCCAGAUGUAUUUUUAAUUUUUUACAGAAAUUUAAACUUUAAGAGUUCUCUUACUUUAAAAAGUAUGGCAUUUCUUCCUGUCACACUUUAUACUUAAUUUUAGAUCCUAUUUACAAUAGCUUAUUUUCACACAUGUUCAACAAAAUGAAGCUACAGAACACCCCAUUAGAUGCUUGCUGCAAGCUAGACAGUGGCUGCUGAAUUCUUUGCACCACAGUGGGGUUGCUGGAGAGAUGUUGGCCAAAGGUUACAAAUUUUAAUGGGGCCCGGGGGUGCACACUCAUAACCCCAACCCCCAGGAAGCUGAGGUGGGAGGAGCUAGCUGAGGGUCCAAGCCAGCCUAGAACUGUCUAGAACUAGAUCAAUUACAAUGCCUGUUGUUCUUAAAAACUAAGUGCGUGGAUGUUAAGUGUCCUUACCACAGAGUAAUAACUUCAUGAGAUGACACGUUAGUCAUUCCAUAGUGUGCAUGUGCUUCAAAACAUCAUGUUAUGUGUGUACAUACAAAGUAAUCUAUCCUUAAAAAAUAAAAUGAAUAUUUUGCACCAUGGA